AUGGAUGAUCAAUUUACGAAGCCCGCACAUCAUGCGAUCCUAAUCGGCAUUGAUGCAUAUCAGCAAAAUCCUCUCAAAGGGGCUGUCCAAGAUGUGCUGGAAAUUCAAGCACAUCUUACAGAGACAUUGGAUAGUGUCGACAUCAUCAUGCUGACGGCGCCUAAGACCAUUGGCGUGAAGUCGUCUGUUCCUGUUGAACGCCUACAGCUUUGGCCCACACGCCAAAACAUUUAUUCUGCUUUUGAAGUGGUUACAAAGUCGGCAGAGGCUGGCGAUUUUGUUUACAUACACUUUUCUGGGCAUGGCACCAGAGAAGAGCCCAAUGGCAGGUCCUACAACCAGGCCACAGGCGAUUUAGCACUGGUGGUUCUCACUGGAAAUGAGGAAGACCCUGAAACUUAUCUCUGGGGCCGAAGUCUUGCAUUUUCGGUCAACGCCAUGGUCAACAAGGGAUUGGUGGUUACCCUCGUCCUGGAUUGUUGUUUCUCGGCUAGCGUUUAUCGCCCCCCAGGCUCUGAACGUGGUGGAGUUAACAACCGCUUCAAGCUGUAUGACAAAGCUAUAGCUUCCCGCUUUCCACCACCCGGAAGAAUUUUCGAUGGCAGAAACAGCACCUCGGACAUUCGUGACGCCUCGAUGCUAUCAAAUUGGCUCAUCAAUCCUGACAAAUAUGCGAUACUUGUUGCAUCUGGCCCCCACGAAAAGGCGGGUGAAAUGCCGUUCGAGGGAGGAAAGAUCCAUGGCAUCCUGUCCUAUCUUCUUCUCAGGAUACUGAAGGAGCACGACAGCCUGAAUUCUAACCAUAAACUUGUCUACGAUUGCCUGCGCGCCGAGUUUCGGAGUCGUCAGUUGCGCCAAUAUCCCGUUCUUUACGGGAGCAAGGACCAAGGUUUCUUCGGCCCUCCGAGCUCGGGACAUCUUACAGCCACCGUACUGUUGAGUAGGAAGGCUAAUGGCACGCUUGAAAUACCAGUCGGCCGGGCUCAUGGCGUGCAUGAUAACGACCGAUUUGCCCUUGAACUUCUAGGCUCGGCGGAACCAAGAUCACAAACCGACAUGGUGAUCGGCACGGUUGCUCACGCCGGGACAUUCUCGUCAGAAUUGAAGCCGCUCACCACGCUGCCAGUCCACGGCCAGCAAAGGUGGAGGGCGACCACACUUUCGCAACACGACCUCGGCGGAUAUCCCAUACAACUUUCGUCUAGCCUUCCCGAUAGAGACAAAUGGCUAAUAGCGCUGGCGAAUCGGUCCCUUCACGUCCAUAGUCAUGACGACCAACGUGCAUACUGCUUCGAGGUUGCACUCAAUUUCAAUCAAGAAUACGAGAUUCGAAAUGAGGCGGGUCAGAAGAUCAUGAAUCAGCCGCUCAAGCGCCGAAGUCAGACGAACCUUGAUGAAAUUAGCGACGUACUGAAGCACCUCGCACUAUUCCGCCUCACCAAAGACCUGGGCUGUGAUGAAUCGACAAGUACUUUCCGAAACACCUUUAGUGCUCACCUCAUCAUCAGUGGAACUUCAUUCGACAAAGAUUGUCCGAUAACAAUGGAAGACGGUGCAACAGCAAAUCUGGUGAUAAGGAACCUGGGUGAUGAUGCUAUUUAUGUUUACAUGUACAACCUUGGUCCUUUCUGGCAAGUUGAGAAUAUUUGCCGUGCAACUUACACAGUAGUCACGCCGAAGGAAAGUGGUUCGCGUCGUGGUGGGAUUUGGGAGAAAAAGAUCGUGAUGAAAAUGCCAGACAGAAUGAAGGAGGUGGGUCACCGCUCGUGUGAGGAUAUCGUCAAGGUCUUCGUCUCUUCCCACCCAACGUCUUUCGACUUCUUGGAAUUACCCAAACUUGGGGAACGUACGACGUCAGAACAAAGCCGCACAUCAAACAGAGCGUGUAUUUCUGCAACGGAGCGUUGGACAGCGAUAAAUUUCCCGAUCUGCAUAGUACUCAAAGAAGAUGUAGAGAUCUGUUAA